GCUCGCAGAGGCUGAGGCUGAGCAGCCCGGAGCUGCUGGGCUGUUACAUGAGAUAUUCAGGAAGUUAUUUGCAUGGAGGGAUAAAAGCCUGUGGCAGCAGCCGGCUGCGCUGCAGAGGCGACUCAGCCACGGUGGCCACCGGCCCAAGGAAUUACAUCCACCGCAGCUUCACAAUGAGUUGUUUACUGGCCUUGGCUGCCUGUGGGAAGAGCCAAGGAGAGCGGAGGAAGAGGAGAGACAAACACAAUGCGAGCGAGACGCGUUAGGGGGGAGGCUGGGCUUUAGCAGCAGCCCCGGCAUUUCAGCCCUAUGGAAGCAGAGAGGGCUGAAAAGGGAAUAAAAUGAACCAUCCGCCGCCUUGCUGCUGCUGCCAGAAGAGCCUCGUCCCUACCUGAAGGGCUGAUAGCGAAGGAUGAAAGGAUCCAUGAGGGAGAUGUGGUAGGAAGGAGUCCAGCCACCUCCUUGGAAUGUGUUCCUUUGGGAAGGGACGAGCUCCCUGCCUUAUUUUAUGGAUGUCACUGAAGUAGACUUUGAAGACCUUUGGAAGCCCAUCCCAGCCUUGGCAUGGGAAACCACAGCAACAACCAUACCUGCCUGACAGAUGAUUCCUUCAAGUACAACCUGUACGGAGCCGUGUACAGCGUGGUCUUCAUCCUUGGCUUGAUCACAAACUGCGCCUCCCUCUUCGUUUUCCUCUUCCGGAUGAAGAUGCGGAGCGAGACGGCCAUUUUCAUGACCAACCUGGCGGUUUCAGACUUGCUUUUUGUGUUCACUUUGCCCUUCAAGAUUUUUUACAACUUCAACAGGCACUGGCCCUUCGGGGACAGCCUGUGCAAGAUCUCAGGCACGGCGUUCCUCACCAACAUCUACGGGAGCAUGUUGUUCCUCACCUGCAUCAGCGUGGAUCGCUUCCUGGCCAUCGUGUAUCCCUUCCGCUCCCGCACCAUCCGCACCCGGAGGAAUUCCGCCAUCGUUUGCGCCGGCGUUUGGAUCCUGGUCCUCAGCGGCGGAAUUUCGGCCUCGCUGUUCUCCACGACCAAUGUGUCCAACACCAGCACCACCUGUUUUGAAGGGUUCUCCAAAAGGAUCUGGAAAACCUACCUGUCCAAGAUCACCAUAUUUAUUGAGGUGGUGGGAUUCAUCAUCCCUCUGCUGCUCAACCUCACGUGCUCCUCGCUGGUUCUCCGGACUUUACGGAAGCCGGCCACCCUGUCCCAGAUUGGGACGAACAAGGAGAAAGUGCUGAAGAUGAUCAUCGUGCACGUGGCCAUUUUUGUCGUGUGCUUUGUCCCCUACAACUCCAUCCUGUUCCUGUACGCGCUCGUGCGCUCCCAGGCCAUCGCCAACUGCUCCCUGGAGAGGUUUGCCAGGACCAUGUAUCCCAUCACGUUGUGCAUCGCCACCCUCAACUGCUGCUUUGACCCUUUCAUCUACUACUUCACCUCUGAGUCCUUCCAGAAGUCCUUCAACAUCAAAACCCAGAUCAAAAUGGAUUCUCUUUUCAAGACAGAGAUGCCGCUCACAAAGACGGCACUGCCGGCGCCGCAGGAUGAGAUCAGUGACCAGGCCAUCACCAACGGAGGAGAUCCCACAUCUGAAUCCCAUUUCUAGGGAGAUGUUUACACAGGGAGUCACCCCCCAUUAACUCCUGAUUAACACCACGUGGCAAAGAGCAGCUCCAGAAAAUGGGGGUUCACACGUGGGGUUAAUGAAGAAAAGCUGCUGGGGGACGACGGAUCCUCGCACUGGGAUGGUCCCGUCAUGUUCCACAGGUGAACACAAAGUAUGAAAAUCCCAGUGGAUCUCCCUUUGGAGAUUAUGGAUAGGCUACAACACAUGCAUCAACUCAGGAGGGAACAGAACAGCUUCUUUAACCGGAAGAUGCCAACAUUUGGCAUUUUUCCCCCUCAGCAGUUGACAUGGGACCAGUUGGGAAAUAGAAAAUUUCAUUUUUUUAGAGAUUACUGCCAAUAUUUCUGCCUUCUGCAGGUGCAUCCUCAUCCUCAUAUGUUAACUCAGUAACUUCCCACAAUAUGUAUGUUUGCUUACAAAGGCAUAAUAAAAGCUUGUGGCUUUUCCUUACUCCACUGCCAGAGUGCAGAGCCUGGUUUUCCUAGAGACUGGAAUUUAUGGAGAGCUUUGAAGUGUAAAUAAUUUUUUAGCAAUUAGGCAAAAGAGUUGCUUGGUGACAGAAAAGAUAAUAAGAAAAAAAGAUAAUUGUUACAGUUUUGAAAGAUGAAGUUUCAUUUUUAUCAGAUUAAGCUGUCAUUUAAUUUAUUUGAUUACUUUUAAUGCCACAUCUGGGGAGGAGUAAAGAGCUCAUUAAUGAUCUGUUGCACCUGGGCUUUUAUAUCCCAGGGGAUUAAAUGACUAUUUCUGGGAAGGGCUGGGCUGUAAAGUCAGCUGGAGAAGGGCCUGAAACUCCAGAGUUCUUCCAAGGGCAAAGCUCCCAUCCAGAAGCUGAGGCAGCUGAAGCCCAGGAGUGCUGACCCCACUGAAAUAUGGACAAGUGGUGUCACAGCACCCAACUGAGGGAGGAUCUGUGAUUGCUUAAUGGAUUUUUAGGGCCUCAAGGUAACUCAAAAACCAAUUUGCUGCACUCUUUUCUUAGCUGGUUACAGCAAUAUUGUCUUGUUUUCCAAUUAAUUUAUUACCUUUCUUUUUAUAGAUUACAGAAAUAUAUGGAAAAUUAAUUAUUUGUAUGUGUUGCAUUUUACCACCUGGUUCCUUUCUCCAGCUCUUGGCUCGUGUUUGAAGCUUUACAGCCCUUCCCAGGCUGGUUCAUUCUUAAGUGUAAGACACAGAAAUGAGGAGAACAAUUUCAUUUGAAAAAAAUAUAAAGUUACAACUUGUUAGCUACAUUACCAUGGCAAAGCUACUUCUAGGGAAUUAUUGCCAAAAAAAGAGACAAAUUAUUAAUUGAGCAGAUGUUUUCCACUCAACUCUAUUUUAAGUCUGUCUGAUGAAGCCUCAUGAGAUAUCAGAGCAGGACCUCAAAUGUGAUCAUUUAAAGCAACAGAGGUUUAAGUGUGAGAAGAAUUCAGCUGUAAAAUGUUAAUGCUUCCAAGGGAAUAUUUAUUUAGCACUGCAUUCACUUUGAAUAAAGAAGUCAGUGGCUAACCAAGGUUGAGAGACCCCAAAAAUGAUUCUAUUUCAGCCCUAAAAUGUCACUUACUGGAGAAAAGCAUAUGAUCAACUCAUUAUACACAGAGAACAUGAGAGCAGCCAAAAUACUCUAUUUCAGCUCUGAGUUACAGCAACAUUUACUGGAAACUUGCACACAGGACUGGCUUGGGAGGCUUUUCUGGAGAUUAAAUCCACAGACAAUUGCACUUUGGAGCAGAAGAAUGUGAAAACAGGGAGAGUUCAUUGAAAAAAGUUGGUGGAAUGAGGUCAGUGUGGCAGGACAAGGGAUAGGCUAUGGCAGGGAAUUUGUCAGCAGCUGGGAAAGGUUCACCUCCAGCCCAGGGGAUGAGCUGGGCUUUAGGAAGCAGCAGUAUUUGCCAUUUAACCAGUGCCUUAUCCCUUUUCCUGCCUGUGCCCCUUUUCCUACUGCAUCCAAACUCUCCACAGGGAAUUUUAAAAUCCAUAUUUCCUUUGGCUGUUCAGCCCAUCUCAACCCUUGCCAUGAAAUGAGUACAUUUCAGAGAAGCUGUUCCCUUCGGAUCAAAAAGGCAAAGAGGGAUUUGCCAGGCUUCCCUACAGGCAGGUUCUCCCUAAGGAGCAAAUCCUUCACCCCAUGGCAGAGAGGAGGGUUGGGAACCAUCAGCAGCUCUGACACACCCCAAACUCUGUGAGAAAUGGAGCACCCCAUCCCAAACCCUGCCAGGAACUGGACUUAAUGAGACACAAGCUGCAUUUUUUAGGGAUGAGAGAGGGAAGCAAAAAGAGCAAGAAGAAUUCAUUAACAAACUUAAUUUCUAGGGGUGGGAGAGAGAAGGAACGAGAAUGAGAAGGAUUCACUAAAAAACUGAGGGUGCGUUUAGAACCACAGAACAUCCCAAGCUGGAAGUGACCCACGAGGAUCAUGGAAAUCCAACUCCUGGCCCUGCACAGGACAGCCCCAGGAAUCCCACCCUGUGCCUAAAAACAUCUUCCUCCUUGCAAGAAAAUUAUUUGGAACAUAAGAAAAUGCUCUUCUCUGAGGCAAAGCCCUGCUUAAUUCAGAUUUACAGAGAUGAGAAACCUGUUUACACUCAGCUUGCUCUCAGCAGGCAACAUCAACUGCCAGCUUGGAAAUCUUAAUUUAAAGCUGCUGCUUUACACUUGCAAAGCAAGAAGAUUCCAGAGGUUGUGGGGUUUGGGAGCUUUGUGGGACAGGGCUGUUCUCAUGCCCGGUGGCUGCAGAAUCUCUCAUUUCCAGAGUCCUGAGGUGCCUUCUGCUCUGGGUGUGCUCCACAGGCCUUCCUCUGGUAAAAUCCAAGGGAAGAAAGAAAAAUCCAGGCUAGAAACCACUGUCUGGGCUUCUGAAGGAAAUGGUGGAAGAGAGGAGGGAAAGAACUGCCUGGGACUGGCCAAGCUCCAGGCCCCACAUCCAUGGCCUGCCUGUAAUCCCAGCAUAAUGGGUGUCUUUUUGGAAGCCAAACCAGUGCCAAUGCUUACAAAU